AAUUUCGACUCAGAAGAAACUGGUCUUAGUGGGCAGGUGUAAGCAUUGUAGUGGGUAGGGGAUUAAUGAGAAGGAAAAAAAAACGAUCAUCGUUUUUGGUUUCAUUCCUCUGGCUCUCUCUCUCUAUCGUUCGUAUUCUGUUUCCAAUCGAGAGAGAUAGUAAAAGAUCGAUCGAGAAUUCGAGAUGGAUAAUAAGAAGAAGAAAGUGUGGUUUUGGCCGGAGAAACAAGGCGGCGGAGUUUCGAUCAAGGAGGCGGAGGAUAUAGCGGCGGAGCAUGUUUUGACGGAAGAGACGAUAAGUCAUUACAGUUUUAGCAAAGGUCUUCUUCCGCCUCUCGGUGUUAAUUCUGGCUCUACGCGUCACGUUAAGCUCCGCUUCUUCAUCGUCUCUCCCUUCGAUCCUCGCUACAGGGCAUGGGAUUGGUUUCUAGUGCUUUUGGUGGUCUACACAGCAUGGGCUUCUCCUUUUGAGUUUGACUACCUACAAACGCCAAGAGCACCUCUCAGUAUUAUAGAUAACGUUGUCAAUGUAUUUUUCGCGAUUGACAUCGUUUUGACAUUCUUUGUUGCCUUCUUGGACAAGGCAACUAUUCAAGGAUAUGGCAUUUUCAGUAUGCUGCGUCUGUGGAGUCUUCGCAGGGCCAGUAAUUGUUUUGCUAGAUUGGAGAAGGAUCAGAAAUACAACUACUUUUGGGUUCGAUGCACAAAGCUUCUCCUGAGACAUGAGAGUUUUGUUUCCUAAACAAAAUGCGACAGGGAAACUAUUGGAGACUAACACAAGCCAUUAACUAAACGAAGUUUUGUUUCCCUUCAGACACGAAUUCAUACAAGAAGAAGAACAAGCGGAGGCCACACAAAACACAACGCUGCGGGAAAAUCAAUAUUGAAGAUGGGAGGGAAAAUCAAUAUUGAAGAUGGGUUUCAUCAUCAGAAUAACCAACACCGUCAGUUUGAGAUGGCAGUGGAAGAAGAGAAAUGUGGUGGGGGGGGAGGGGGAGAAGAAGAUGAUGAUGAUGAUCACCGGUUUGUGGUGGAGAGAGAUGGAAGUUUAACGAUGGAGGAAGAUAAAACGACGUCGGUUAGUGGGAGUGAAGAGUCGAGAACAAGUGCAAGAGAUGAAGCAGAGAGAGUGUGGUUAGAGUUGUAUCAAAUUGGUCAUCUUGGAUUUGGUAAAGUAUCUUUCACUGGGAUUUAAUAAUGUGAAAUUUGAUAGUAGUAUACAUUUUGUAAGAAGUAGACGGUAAAAAAAAUCCCUUUUGAAUUUCAGGCUACAUACAUAACAAUUUACAUUUUGGUAGAGAGUGGUUAAAGUUCGUUGUGUAUAUUUCGACUCUUCAAUGUCUUUCACAUAUGGUUACAUC